GAAGGUCAGUCAUUUUGGAGGCAUUGAUCUUUAUGGAAUGUCGCGUUUCAUAUUAGUCUUGAAAUUGUAUUUUGUGUUUACAAUGUGACAAAGACAUGUCAAUGCGCAAUUCAGAACAAGCAAAACCAACGCUUCUUUAAAACCAACAAAAGGAAUAAGAUAUUAAGAGACCUCACGGAUAUUUUAAAGGAUUUUGAUGUACUUGUAUAAACACCUGCUAACGAAUUCGUCCGUCAGAUUUUCAGCCCUUUUCAUUACUGGUGAAAAUCGAAUGUGCCGGUCGUUGAAAUAAGACAAAACUACUAUUAGUUUCGUUUCGUGAGGUACAGAAUGACUGAAUUUGAUGUUAAAUAGGUUUUUAUAUCAUGAGUAUCCGAGUGUUUCUGAGAAGACUGUUCAAAUUUACCGUUAAGUUAAUGAAAUGUCGAAAAGUCAGCAGAGUGUCCAGAAGGUGUGGAUGCUGCUCCACAUAAACCCAAAUUAAACUGCUGGGGUAAACAUGAAGAACUUGAAAUUACGGAUCUUGGUGCUGCUUUGGAUGUUUUUCGUGGUGACGCGCCAGCAUGAGUCAACAGAUUUCACCUGUGAAGGAUAUUUAACGAUGAUUGAUAGUGGAUACCAAUAUGGCGUGAAGGAUAGAGUUGAUUUCACCUUCAAUAUAGCAUUUACAUCCAUGAAUACAACCAACCUCACCAUCAAUAUACACGGCGAUUCUCUACAGUUUGAGAGUGAAAUAUCUCAAGUAUCUAUGGCAUGGAAUAUUGUACCCAGUGACGGCGAUAACACGACUCUUUCACCCUAUCUUCACGGUUCUACCACUACGGAAGAACUGGCCUGGACGUCAUCAGUUUAUCAAAUAAAGAUCAACGACUUUCCGGAGAGCUCCUGGAAUUUCACCGGCAACUUCACAGCUGUAGUUUCAGACGCAGCUGGACCAGGAUCACUGGUUCGUGGCAUCAUCGACCUGAAAUUCAGCAUUGACAAUGAUUCGUACUCCGACCAGUUGGUAUCCGACUACGUCUACACCCUGCCAUUAAGGAUCUGGCCAGUUCCUCAUAACGGCUCCUUAACCCUUCAAGACCCCCUGCUGAAUGAAGUCUAUAUGACUUUCACCGAGGGUACGGUUACACCGAAAGUCACUGUAAUGACACCGUUCGAUAAUUCAUCCAAAGAAGUCACCAUUACCAUGCAGAGGAUUUCAGCUAACGCAACACACGGAAUCAGCGAUAGCGAUAUAGAUUCGCUGACAUCGUCCUAUCCGUAUUUCCGUUCCACUCCGGAGACCUACCAGAAUGACAUUGGGAUAAUACAGCUUCCGACUGUAUCUCGAACGGACCAGGAUGUGUAUAACGAGUCUGAGAUAGCCGUUAAGGUGAGAGGUCGCUUGGAGGAUUUUACGGAUAUUAGUAGCGUAAGUAAGCUGGAUGUCGGACUCGGGGUGAUGUUUGGUAAGACGAUGAUCUGGGUGUCUAAAACUGUAGCAGAUAUCGGAGUCGGUGUCCAGCCUGGUGAUAGAAGACCGGUCCUGUCAUUAGACAUGUACCAAGUGUGUGUUAUACCUAACCAGGAAAGGUUCGAUGUAACCGUGUCUAUAGUGGGUAGACAUACCUCCGCCUCAACAGCUACAGCCUAUAAUGUAACUCUCUUCCUGUAUGCCAUGGACAGUAUGACACACGUCUCUUAUGCCUUGAGUUUGGCCAAAGGUUAUAGAAGCAAGUGGAAUACUUCAGGAAAUGUUCGAACAUAUGAGGUGGAACGAAUAACGUUUAGUACACCGAUGCAUACAUCUGUUGUGGAACAGAUAGACAUGUCAACAGUUGCUAUGCAACAAGCUGAAGAUUUUGUUGUGAUGGCUGAAAUAGGGUACACAGAUCGCUGGGUCAAUGAUGUAGAAUUCUGGUCGGGGCUUCAAUAUGUUAAACUAGAUCUACCUAGAAGAUGUGCUCAGAAACUGAGCUGGACUCACUCGACCAAUUGUUCCUGCAUCCACAACUCUACCCUGACCAGCUGUGGUUGUUGUGAUGCUGGAGCGUGUCAAUGUGGAGAGAGGAACCCAGGUAUCUGUUUACCAUGUGAUAUUCUGACGUUGUGUGAACCUACCAUUGCUGGGUUUGUCGACUAUUACAGUUAUUUAGAUGAUUCUGAAGAAUCGACAAUAGUGUGCGAUGCUUUCCACAAAUACAGACCAGGAAGAAAGGAGACAUCCUGUUAUCGACAGUUUAAUAAUGGACAACCCGAUCAAGCGUUGCCAGCAUCGGUAGCAGUUGUAUUAGGCGUGGACAUGAUAACCAGAAUCUUGUAUGGUAUCUCUAACCAUGGUCUGGCCUACGUUCGAUCGGCUGAUGGUGGGUUGACUUGGAUAUCAAUAUCGCCUACACUAUAUUCCAACAUGGCGACUACAGGCCAUUUUAAAUUGUCUUCUCUUGUCAACAUUAACUAACCAUUUGAUGUAAAACUACACACGUAGUCAGAAUGAGGACGCUAUAGGGAGCUCGAGCAAUGUUAAAGAUCCAAUAUUUCAGACUAAAAGACAAAUAUAGAUUCUUUGAUUGGCAUUUAGUAAUUGAACAUAUUAACUCAAGGUACAAUUUUAUGGAUAUGUGAAUAGUAGGCAAAUAUACUAUUCACACACCUGUAUCAUUUGCUUGAUAAAUACGAGAGUAUCCUCGUGGAAACGUCGCUUAGUAUUUUAAACUCAGCAAUUGUGUAUCCAUAAAAUUCUAUCUUGUGUUGACAAAUAUAGAUAUUUAGACCGUACACUAUACUGCUUCAAAAUUGUUAAAUUUAUGGCCAUAUCUAGUCGUCAAUAUUGAGUUCUUUUGAUUUCACAUCGAUAUAUUUAUUUCUCUAAAACAAAAAUACACGGUAAAUGAUAAUAUGGACUUUUAGACUUUAGAUCUAUAUAAAGUAUUGUUAUAUACCAAAUGUAGAUUGUUCCAAAAUUGUUAAGUUUAUACCUAAUGUAACCUAUAGCCAUAUAAAGUUUAGAAUGCAUUCUAUUCAUUUCACAUCAACAUUUUGAUUUCUCAAGUUACCCAAAUCAUUUUAAUUUCUCAAAUUAUCCUUUUGAUUUCUCAAAUAAUCCAAACACAUUUUGAGUUCUUAAAUUACCCAAAUCAUUUUGAUUUCACAAAUUACCCAAAUCAUUCUUAUGUACGAAAUUCCCCAAAUCAUUUCAAUUUCUCGAAUAGAUAUACGCCAAAAAUAGAAUUUCAGACCUUGCACUAACACAGUGGUCUUACCAAAUGUAGAUUGUUCCAAAAUUGUUAUAACUGAUAAACCCUAACGUAACCCGUGGCCAUUUAAAGUCCAUAUUACAUUUUAUUGAUUAAUUUACCUUUUGAAAAUAAAUACGGUAGGUGGACUUAAUUGAAUAGAUUUUAUUUUACACCCCAGUGACUGUCUGGUGAUAAAUAUAACAAGGGAGCAUCCUAAUUUGUUAGGUUUAACGAAAUGAAUGUAACUAAGCCUUGGAAUAAAAUAGUUGAUACACAA